GAGUCUUGGACAAACUACAGAGGAAGAGUCCUUCUAUUCGGCAGGAUGACCCUUCUCAGCUACCCUGUUCCGGAUCUGGACGCCACCUUACAGGAAGUGGGUCGGGUUCUGCAGCUCACGCUAGAACCUGACCUUUACUCUGAGUUCAAAACCGCACUGCACCAACAGAGGGGGCUUCUGGAAGAGGCUCAGCAGAAAUUUGCAGCCCAUGCCAAAGGCCAAGAGAACUGGGUGACCAACCAGUUCAAGAGGGGUUUGCUGUCUUGUGCGGACCCCUUGCCCACCUCCACCGCCCUCCCGGUCGUUCUUCUUCCGUCGAAAGCAAAGAAAUGCAGCCAGCUGGGCAGGGCGGCCGCUCUGCUCUGGGCGGCGGCGAAGCUGUACAGUGAGCCUCUCUUACUGGAGGGCGACGUGCCAAUGGAGCACACUCAGCAGUCCGAAGUAUUCACCGCCACCCGCAUUCCUGGCAAAGGUCAAGAUGAAAUUAAGGUCUACCCAGACAGCCUCCACGCCGUCAUCACCUGUGCUGCUGGAGUGUUCCCUGUUGACAUACUGUGGCGUCCGAGCACUGGCGGGCCGGCUUCUGCUCGGUCGUUCGUCGACAUCUACAACCAGCUGGCUCAGGUGAUGGAUCAGCCCAGUGCCGAAAAGCAGAAUGAUCCAUCUGCCAUUUGCUGCCUUUCGGCCCUGGAGCGCCAAACCUGGGCCGGCAUUCGGGAAAAGAUCCUGGAGCGAGGAGGAGCAGCUGCUACAUCACUGGGGCUGAUGGAGAGCGCCGUGCUCACCCUCUGUCUGGAGGACUGUGACGCACCUUCCGAGCUGGCCGAUGUCCUCAAUGCUGUGAGGUUGGGAGGCAGAGGUGACGGUCCAUAUCUGAGAUACUAUGAUAAGGUGGUGAACCUGGUGGUGUUCAAAGACAGCACAGCUGGGAUGGUGUUUGAGCACAGUGCUGUGGAUGGGAUGGUCGCCGCCCUUGUGACUGAACGUGUGUACCAUCUGUCUGAGACUGCCGAUUUAAAUCUAGUCCAGAAAGACAAAGAAAACAUGACUGAGCAGGCCACUGUAACCAAUGUCACCUCUGUUUGUCCGAGUUCUUUACCAUUCCCCUUGCAAGAGGAACAUUUGUCACUGCGGGGGCAGAAUCUGAAAGACACUCACCCAGUUCUCACCUUUGAUGUGUCCUCCUAUCCUGAUGUCUUUUCUACACUCAGAAGCCAGAGGGGCCUGUAUGAUGCCUGGAUUAACUUCUCCUUGCAGCUAUCCCUGAGACAGACCCUUGGAGAAUCUGCUGCUCGUCACAUGCUUGUCACACCGACCCACAUGAGACACUACAAACAUGGUCGUUGUGAUCCUACGUACUCACUCACCAUGCAGUCUCACAAGUUAGUCGGGGCCUUGGCAUCUAGCAUUAGCCCAGACAACACAAUCCAAUACACUACGGACCUACUCCAGUUGUUCCAUGUGGCUUUUUUGGAGCAUAAAAGUCUCAUAAAAAACACUAAAAGUGGUCAAGGUGUUGGUCCCCACCUCGCUGCCCUACGUCGAUCAUUGUCAGCUGACAAUCCACUGAAAAAGUUCCUUGACCCAUUUGGAUGUCCAUCAGUGUAUCUUACAGGUACAGAUCUGUUGGAGGGUGUGGAAUGUGGUGUCGGAAAUGUCUAUGCUCAGAAUCAGCUGGCUGUCACCUAUUUAGGGAAGAAAGACAAGAUCCGCAUUGUUCUUAAUGGAAGAGGCAGCUUUGCUCUUACGCUGGAGAAGCUUAAAGAAAAUCUCAAGAUAAAUCUGAAGUUAGUGAUGCUUCUGGCUCUGAGAUACGCCAUUGCAAGCCAAAUGGGUGCCCUGGGGUGUUUACUCCAAAAAGGUCAAAUGGAGAAAAUGAAUGGAGAUAUGAUUCACUGCCCAGAGAGCCCAGUUGGUGCCAGAGGUACAGAUGAAUCUUCCUCCAGCAUGAACCCAGAUUACAUGCUCAUAAUUCAUGGUGGUGCUGGAGAAGACAUGAUGUUGAACCCCCAGGUGAUAGGAGUUAUUGAGUUUGCUUUACAAACAGCCUUAACCCUUGGAUCACAGGUGCUUCAGCAAGGUGGAAAAAGUCUAGAAGCAGUUCAGAGAUCAGUGGAGGCUUUGGAAGACUGCUUCCUGUUUAAUGCAGGCAAAGGCUCAGUGUUAAACAAGGAUGGUAAAAACGAAAUGGAGGCGACUAUUGUAGAUGGUGCUACAUCCAGGACUGGAUCUGUGGCUUGUGUGCAAGGUGUUAAGAAUCCCAUAAGGGCAGCCAGAUGUGUCAUGGAGAACAGCUCACAUUCACUAAUGGUGGGAGACGGAGCUGAAGAAUUCCUGCAGAAGUUGGAGAAGAAGGAGAAACCAGUGGGGCCUGAAUAUUUCUACACUGACAUUCGUCACAAAGAGCUAAUGGCAAAACUUGGUGGUGGAAGUACUUCAACAAACAAUCACCCACAGACAGUUGGUGCUGUAGCACUGGAUUGCCGUGAUGGCUUGGCUGCUGCAUCCUCCACAGGUGGAUUGGUAGGAAAGCUGAAGGGACGAGUUGGCGACACAGCAGUAGUAGGAGCAGGAAUAUAUGCAGAUGACAAGCUAGCUAUUACCUGCUCUGGAGAUGGAGAUGUUUUUCUGAGGAACACUGUUGCACAGAAAAUAGCAAGUUUGUACUAUCACAAGGGUCACAGUCUCAGACAAGCAUGUAGAGAAGUAAUGAAUGAAAAUCUGAAAGGGGUCUGUGCAGGUGUCAUUGCUGUCGACAUCAAAGGUGAUGCAGUCAUUGAAACAAAUGGUGGUGUGAUGUCUGUAGCCUCAGUGGUUAAAGGCAUUUCCCGUGUUGAGGUACUCCGGCCUCGCAAGGACAUCUCUGAUGUCAUCUGGGAAACAGAUCAACUGGUUGCAUAUCUAAAUCCCAAUCCCUGGACCCCUGGGUCCACCAUUCUGACAACAAAAACUUUAAGUGGUGCAAGAAGCAUCUUCCAGUUGGCCACUCCUGAUUUUGUUGCCAUGCUUAAUGCUGCAAAAACUGUGUCAAAAUUGCUAUGUGAGAGGCUCGGGGUGCAGCGGUGUGCUUUGGUGUUCAAUCCACUGCCUGAUCAGCCAGCUCAAAUCAGACUGCUCCCACUUCAUGGCCUUGAGCCAAAAUGGCAUCCCCAUCUUGCUGGAGAAGAGGAAUUCCAUGCUUUCAAUCCUGGCUACUGUACCUCAAAAAGUGGCCAACGCUGGAAUGAUGAAGCACUGGUCCAAAUGCAGGCCAAGAUUAGAAAUGCAUUACCAACACCAAAUGCCCCUUAUUGCUUUGACUUCUUUGGGGACCCCUCAAAUGAGAACCUGUUCAGUCGUAUCGUGCGUGGUGAGCAGCAACAGUGGAGAGUGUGGGAAGACAGCAGACAUGUGGCUUUCCUCACACCAUAUCCAAAUAGUCCUGGACUAACAGUUAUUGUGCCACGCAAACCACUGACCAGUGACAUAUUCAAACUUGAUGAAUCUGACUUCACAGCACUGAUCUUAGCCACCUACAAAGUUGCGCGACUGCUUGAAGAGGGAAUGAAAACCUCUGAUGUUGCUCUGAUCUUUGAGGGCUUUGAGAUUGACUAUGCUCAUGCCAAGCUGAUCCCACUGGUACCUUCACCUGAUGGCACUAAACCUGUCAAGUUGGAGUUGGAAUGUGUUGACAGCUACCCUGGAUAUGUGUCGUCCUUGGAUGGCCCAGCAGCUGAACAUGAAGCUCUGAAAAAUAUCCACUCAAAAAUCACCCAGUGCAGGUCUCCUCGGUCAUGGGAAGACCCACAAUCUCACUCGAGACUUGCCAUCAAGAGCCAGUGGUACCGCAACCUGUUUCAGAUACAGAACACCCUUUUCCACAGUACAGUGGAUUAUUUCAAGAGUUCCUGCCAGUACUCCUAUGCACUGACCCCACUCACCACAGACACAAUCUCCUCCCCAAUGGGCCUGGGAUCUGACUCAGAACCUGUUUCUGUGAGCCUACUGGGACAGGAUGUCUACCUGGCUGACUCAAUGCAAUUUGUUCUUGAAUAUUUUCUGCGCUUCCAGGACAACCUCCCUGGUACAUAUUACAUAGCUCCCAGCUUUCGGGGAGAAGAUCCUGAUGCCACACAUUUGAACCAGUUCUACCAUGUUGAGUGUGAGUUGUUGGGUGACAUGGACCGUGCGAUUUCCAUAGCAGAAGGAUACGUGGCUCAUCUCACCAAGUCAAUGUUGAAGAAUCAUUCAGAAAUAAUUCUGAACACUGCAGGGACAGUUGCACAUGCCACUGCUCUGUUGAGUAAACUGGGUGGAAAAAACACUCUGCCAAGAGUCACUCUAGACCAGGCCAUUCCCAUGAUGCCCUCUGCUGAUUGCUUAGAGUGGGUACAAGAUGGCCAGCCUCUCUUUGGCCGAAAGCUAACUCGCAAAGGAGAACACGUCUUGAUGGAGAAGUAUGGUGGUGCUGUUUGGCUGACUGAGAUGGAUCACCUCGGAGUUCCCUUCUACCAGGCAUACGUGGAAGGCAGUGGGCGAAGCAAAGCUAAAGCUGCUGACCUGUUGCUGGGAUUGGGUGAGACCAUUGGUCUCGGUGAACGCCAUUCCAUGCCUGAAAUGGUGCAAGAGGCCCUUCGACAUCAUGCAGUACCAGAGCAGUCCUACAAAUGGUACAUUAACAUGCGCCAAGUGAAACCCCUUCUCACCAGUGGUUGGGGCAUGGGCACAGAGCGCUACCUGUGUUGGCUGCUUCAGCACAAUGAUGUCAGAGACACACAGAUCAUCCCGAGGAUGAAAGGAAUUAAGUACAUGCCUUAAUGGAAUACUAUACAUAGAUUGCUCAAGACCAAU